AUGGCUACUUUAACUGGUGAGCAAUUUGAAAAAGGUUCUUCAUGAAAUAUAACAGAUUUAGCAAUAUCUUUCUCAACUUAUUCUAUGCUCUACAUUUAUAUAAUAGAUAAUGAUUUGGGUACAGUUAUUGUAGACUUAAAAAGUAUAAUUGAAACAACUGAACCUUUUAAUUAUUAUGGAAAAGUAUCAGGUGCUAAAAAUGUUAUAAACACAGGAAGUGAAAUUUGUUUUGUUUUUGAAAAUUUUAUUGAGAUAUAUGGGUAUUCUUUAGAAUAUUGGAAAACAAUUUUGACAAAUAUAUAUGAGCCUAUUGUUGGAACAUAUGGAAAGUCAAAUAUGAUUUAUUUGAUAACUAGUAGUGCUUUAUAUAUCUUUGAUAGCGGCCAGCCAUCACAUAAUUCUUUAUUUUAUACGCUGCCUAUUAGCAAUCAAAGCUUAUUAUCGUUUGGGUUAUUUAACUGAGGAGAUAUGAGAAUUGCUAAUUUCAAUCCUGAUAAGCACUAUGUUGAAAUCUAUACAAGCUCUUGCCCUAAUAAAGAAUUCGACGUGGGAUGCUCAUUUUAUUAUCAAUUUUAUAUGAACAUUAGCAACUCUGAGUACUUAAGAGACUUUUCUUUGCAAACAAGCAUUUCAAUAGCUGCAUUUAAUAAAGAAAAUUUAUUAAAAGAAACUUUCCCUAUAAAUUUGAUAAUUAAUGGAAAUUUCCCUUGUUAUAAAGAAGAAAAUUGAGAAAAUCAUAAAAAUAUUCCAUAUAACGAGAGAUACGAAUUAGAUUUAAGUAAAUUUUUUGUGUGUCUUAGCACUUGCCUAUCACAAUAAAUUUUUUUUGGGUUUAUUUUUUUUGCGCCUUUGUUUUUAAUCUCUUUUGGUCAAACUGCUUUGAAAUGACCCAAUAUUGACUAUUUCGAAAGUUAUUUUUAAUCAUUUGAGUAUAUUUCUUUUGACAGAAGUAAUAUUAAAAAUGUUGAUUAAAAAAAAGGCUUAAAAAAAUAGUUUCAUGGUGAAUGCACCAUAAAAAGGAACUAAUUUUUUUGAGGGGCAAAAUAUUGUGAUGGCUUUGUCUGUUAAUGGAAAUUACUCUUUCAAUGAAACAGUAGAUAACUGGCCUGCAAUUAUUCCUCAGCGAACUGAAUUACUGAGAAGAUACGAUUUGAAUAAACAUUAUGGUAAAACUAAUCAUAUUAUUAUACCCAAUACAGAGAUCGCUGUAAUCUUGUCUUUUUCUGAAUUAUUCAUAAUCGAUGCUACUAUGUUGACGAAUAAAGUUAUGGUUUUGAACUUAACUGAGAUUUCAAAUAUUACAGAUUUGAUAUGUAAUUUUAUGGAUGUUUUCCCUCACACACAAAAUAAUCUCGCUUUAUUAAUAACAUCAUGCAUUUACUCAUUCCGUGUGCGAGAAAAACCAUUGGAAAAAUCCCGAUUUUUUGUCCAAAAUUUUUUUCUGAAACAAAAAUUUGAUAUAUAAGCGAUAAUUAGUAUAAUGAACUCUAGCUAAUUCUAAUUAAUUUUAAACAAAUUGCAUUUAAAAACAUAAACUUUACGUAUUAAAUAAAUAUUUGCUUUUCAAUUUUUGUGAAUCGGGGUUUUCGCCAAAAAAUUAGUAUAAAAUUUAUAUAUAAUUUGUUUUUUAAAAAAAAAUUAAUCCUUCCAUAAGUGAAAAAAAUUUUAUUUUCGCUUGCGGAGUGGGGAAUUAUAGAAUUCCAGAAGCAAUUGAAUAUAAAAAUACAACUACCUAUAUUUCUGAAAUUGCUUAUGCUAUUAUUCUAUGAGAGUUAGACUAUGUAAAUUUUGAAGUAAUUAAAUAUAGGCCCCUUAAUACAUAUAGUGAUCAUAAUUAUCUAAAAGUUGCCCCUCUUGAUGCUCACAGUUUUGAGAUUUUGGCAUUUUAUAUUGACAAUUCAGCUCAAAAUUAUAUAAAUAGCAUUUACAGAUAUAAUGGAAGAUGAGAGAUUAAUGAUAUUAGCAUUAGCCAAUGUGAGGUCAUAAAUUAUUUUUCUUUGGGUUUAAAUUCAUUCUAUGCUCUUCUAGCUGAAUUCAUUGUGAAAGACUCUGAAACUGUUUAUUGGUAUAUAAUUGACAACCAAUAUGGAAUAAGAAUUAUACAAACUAGUAAAAACUCUACAAGUAUCUUAGUAGGUGGACUUUAUAUCGAACUCAAUUAUUACUUUGUAAAUUUUGGAUUAUGAGGAGAUACACUUUAUAUAGCAUGUGGAGAAUGAAUGAAAUCAUUUAAAUUAAGAUCUUACACGAGUUUAGAAGAAGAUUCUAAUUAUGGUGCUUACGAAUUUCAAGAAUCUGAUUAUUUAUUUUUGCUAAAUAAUAUUGUUUCUUCAAAAGAUAAUAGAUACAUUGCAUGCCCUGUUUGAAGAAACGAUCUAGGGUUAUUAAUUAGAAUAUGAGACGCAAAAGCAAAGAAUUCAUCUAAUAUUAUAUCAGAAAUCUACGCCUCAGAAAUAUAUACUCUUUUAUAUCCAGUCAGCAUGCAGUUUAUUGGAAAUUCAAUACUUAAAUUUUCGGAGUCCCGCUAA